CCCGGCCUUUAGGAGGGCGCUGGUUGCCAUGGAUGUUUCAUUGGGCAGCGGCGCGGCGCACGUGGGCGCCUUGCCGGUGGGGGAGCGCAUGAACUACGCUCAGUACCGGCAGGUCGGCGAUGGCACCUCCGUUCGAAUUGCCGGGCGCUUUUUCGUGAAGGGUCUUCUCACUACCGUCGAUGGGGGCGUUAUCGUGGUGGACUUCGGCGGUGCCUUGGAAACGCCGCAGGAUGCGAGCUUCGUGGAAGUCCUGGGAACGAAGGCGCCAGGCGCGGAACUUCACGCGGUGGGGCUGGUGAAGUUCGCGCCCGGCCAGGUCGAUGAGGCGCUCUGGAAUGAGGCAGUCAAGCUCGCUCAGCUGCCUCAGCUUCGCCACCUCUUCGCUCCCAUCGGCGGAGAGGCUCGAGCGGCGGCGUCUGACGACGGAGCUCCGCGCGGCGCGGGUUUGGCUGAGACCCAGCCUCUCACAUCAGAGACUCAGCCGCUGACGGAAGACCAGCUCCGCGCCAACGCUGCGCUGCUGUGCCCGCCAACGCAGCUCGAAUUCGAAUGA